AUGAUUGACUGGGACCAUCUCGUUGCGCUGCCUUUCGAGGAAACUGACGCCAUCUUGGAUCUGCAAGGACGCACAUGCCCAUUGGAUAGCAAGGUGUGUAAGAGCCAAAAUGGCUUCGCUACUACACCUCCGUUCCCGGCCAAGCAUUCAGUGACAGUCCGCAGGCCUUUCCCUCUGUCUCACGGAACAACGACCCUUGGUUUCAUUUUCCAAGGUGGUGUCAUUGCAGCUGCAGACACACGUGCCAGUGCUGGGGGGCUUGUUGCCUGCCCGGCUGUUCAUAAAGUUACCCCGAUUCACUCCCACCUGGUGGUCACCUCCUCUGGGAGUGGUGCAGACUGCAUGCUGUGGGAGCGAAUUCUGACCAGAGAGAUCAGACUCUACCAGCUGCGGCACAAACGGCGCCUGUCAAUACGUGGGACUGCUAAACUCCUAUCAUUUAUGCUGCACCCCUUUAAAGGGACUGACGUGUGUGUGGCUCUUACAUUGUGUGGCUGGGACAAAGAAGGCCCACAGCUGAUAUAUGUGUGCAGUGAUGGAGCCCGACUGCAGGGAGAUGUCAUUUCUGUGGGCUCAGGUUCUCCUUAUGCUUAUGGAGUCCUGGAUAUAGGACUGAGGGGGAGCCUGAGCAAAGACGAGGCCAUCUCUUUGGCAAGAGAAGCCGUGUUCAGAGCUACUCACAGAGACGCCUACUCAGGAAACAGUGUGGACCUCUUCCACAUCACAGCCCACGGAUGGAAACAAAGAGAGAGGGAGGACCUGAAAGAGGAAUAUUAUAGAGACAUGGAGAGGAGGGCAAAGAUAGUGGAGGAAAGAAAAAGACUGACAGAACCAAAAGUUCCCACAUGA